AAGAUUUCUGGAAACCCCCAAAAUCUGGGUUAACCAGCUUGUCCUUGAAAGCGACCAUAUAACAAAGUAAACUGUCCCACAUUCCACGUUUUUCCAGAAGUGAGCAAACAGGCGUGCCAACAUGGCGGUCCACGUUCCAGGCCUGAUCGCCAUCAUCAUCUUCUACCUCCUCAUCCUGGUCAUCGGAAUCUUUGCCGCCAGGAAAACGGGGUUACUGAAGUCCAACCUCAAGGUGGAUGACGUCAUGCUGGCCAAGAGGUCUAUCGGCAUUUUCGUUGGCUGUUUUUCAAUGACUGCAACGUGGGUGGGCGGUGGCUACAUCAAUGGGACCGCUGAGGCUGUGUACGCUUACGGACUGGUGUGGUGUCAAGCGCCCUUAGGAUACAGCCUCUCGCUUGCCUUCAGCGGUUACUUUUUCGCCGAGAAGAUGCGCACCUCUGGCUUCACAACGAUGCUGGAUCCUUUCCAGUGGAAGUACGGGGACAUCAUGAGCUGUCUCCUCUAUCUGCCGGCACUCAGUGGUGAUGUCUUCUACUCCGCCUCAAUUCUCGCCGCUCUAGGUGCGACGCUGAAGGUUAUUCUGGACAUCAAUCUGGAGACGGCCAUCAUCGUGUCCGCGGCUAUCUCCUUAGCCUACACACUGGUGGGGGGCCUCUACUCUGUGGCUUACACCGACGUGGUGCAGCUCAUGUGCAUGUUCUUUGGUCUGUGGCUGUGUGUGCCCUUCGCCAUGACUCAUGACGCCACAGUCCCCAUCACGACCGACUCGUCAGAGGCUUGGCUGGGGCAGCUGACGGUACCAGAGAUAGGGAGCUACGUGGACAUCGGUCUGUUGUUGAUCUUAGGAGGCAUCCCUGUGCAGGUGUACUGGCAAAGGGCGUUGUCGGCAAAGUCUGUGUUUAUCGCCGAAUGCCUCAGUUUCUUCGGUGCUAUAAGCUGCGUCGCCAUGUCAGUUCCACCUGUUCUCCUGGGUGCUGUCGCUAAAUCCACAAACUGGUCUGCAACAGAAUAUGGCCUCCCAGAAAUCUCCAACGAUGAUCGGUCCCUGACUCUUCCCCUGGUGAUGCGUUACUUGUGUCCACCUGUGGUCACUUUCGUUGGCCUGGGAGCUGUGUCCGCGGCCGUCAUGUCGUCAACGGACUCUUCCAUAUUGUCUUCCAGCUCCAUGUUUGCGCGGAAUGUGUUCGCCGUCGUCUACAAACGCAUUACUAAAGAAGAGCUGUCAGAAGCUGUGCAGGUGUGGGUGAUGCGCGUGGCGCAGGUCGUAGUGGCCUCCCUGGCGUGUGUCAUGGCCAUCACCGUGUCUUCCGUCUACGACCUCUUCAUUCUCUGCUCCGACUUCCUCUACGUGUGUCUGUUCCCACAACUGUUGUGCGUCAUGUACCUCAAGGGAACCAACGCAUACGGCUCCUUCUCGGCCUUCGUGCUGGGCCUCUUCUUCCGGUUCAUGGGAGGGGAGAGCCUCUUCUUCCGGUUCAUGGGAGGGGAGAGCACUCUGGGAAUCCCGGCCGUUAUAAAGUUUCCCUGGUACGAUGAAGUCUACGGCUCACAAAUGUUUCCUUUCCGGACUUUGUCCAUGUUGAUUUCUCUGUUCACGCUCAUUUUGGUAUCCUACCUCACCGAGUUCUUGUUCACGAGCGAGUGCCUUCCCCUGGAUAUGGACUUUUAUGGCUGCUUUCAGCAUCUGAGAGAGCAGCCCGGGGAUAAAAGGAGAGCUCUAAGCUCGACCAACCCCAAGGACUCAGGCAUGGAGCGACACGAUCCGUCGGUUCAAAACAGAGGUCAUCUGAACGACACAAGUUCCAGACAACCCGACAUCGAAAUGUCCCGAUAUCGAAAAACACAAAUACAGUAG